AGCGGAGUAACUUUGAAGCGUUACGGUUGGUCGCGAUUUGGAGUCGGAGUAUCGCACAGGAACUCAAAAGAUUCCCGGUCGAAGUGUCAGUGUGUUUACAUUGUUUGCAAGCCAAAAUUAUUAUAGAAAACACAGCAGAAUAUAGUAUUUCAGUAAUAGCCUUUUCUGGCUUAGAAAAACUUUGCGGAACUGUUGGUCAAGUUUAGCAGCAGUUGGGGUAUUUAUGCCCACAAAGAUAACAUUCUAUAAAAGUCAGCCACAAAAUUCCUUGCAGUACAAACACAGUAAAAUUCAUGAAAAACAAACAAAAAGCGACAAAGUGAAAUUAACAAAAAAAAUAAACACAAAACCGAAAAGUGCAAACACAGAGCCACGAGCCAAGGCCGAAGUAAAAGCGGUGAACCCAAACAAAUAAUUUGAAAUUAAAACUAACACGAGAAGCAGACUCAACGGAUCGGAUCGACGGACAAGGGAUUUUAGCCGGAGUUUAUUUGCAGUCGCCAUGAGCGGAUAUUUAUAAAAACUGAAAUAGUAUAUCAAUUUUUCAAACGAGCCAAAAUCCCCAAAGGGAAAUUCAAAGCCAGAAAAAUGUGGAAAAUCUACAUUUAUACAUUGGUAAUUGCGGUGGUGGCUGCAACAACUAGCGAAACCAUAACAAAUGACUUGACUGCGAAAAGCAACAGAACGCUUUUGAAAAUUUCCACGGACGAAUCGAGGGAAAUUUCAGCUGUGGGCGGUUCAACCUCAACGGCCACGCCCACCACGACGGCCACAACCAGCACAACAACAACCCGGGCAACAACGGUGGUGGAGGAGGAGAUGGGGGAAACAUCCACACCAACAACAGUCAGGCUAAUGACAACCACCCAGAAGAUGGUUUCAGCCGAUUUGGGUGGAAUAGGCAGCAUCAAGGAUGCACUGCAUCGGAUUAAACUGAGCGAAAAGCCAGUGGAUGGAGCGACAACCACCACCGAGCAACCAGAAGCCAUGGAUCAGGAUGAGCAGGAUGAGGAGGAUGUUACGCCCACAAUUUCCCCGCUGCAAAUUCAGAUGCAGGCUGCUGCCUCAUAUCAAGUAGCCGAAACGUUGGCCGACUUGAACGAGGAGGAACGCGCCAGAUACGACGCCAUGUUGGCCCAGCAGCCCACGGCCAGCAAGCUGAAUAUAGUGGAUCUAUAUCCACUGAAAAUCGAGGACUUUCAGCCAAUUAUACAGAACGAUAACGAUGAGUUGAUUAAGCAGCGAACCGUGUUCACCCAGCCGGAAAAUGCCGAGGAGUACAAGCAGAAUCUGAUGCCCAACGAAGUGGAGAUGCUGGUCGACAGGGAGGUGAUUGAGGUGAGGGACAAGAUUCAAAUCAAUCAGGAAAAGUUCGGCAGCGCGACCACAGUGAAGCCCACAACAAUUAGACCGCAGCAGGGAACCACAGCCGAUUUCACGGGCAAACUGCUCGCCGAUCAGGAUGAUUUGAUUACCGAAAUCGAGAGCAAGUUCCAGCUACACGAAACGACAACUUUGAGGCCCAAAGCAACGACGCAGCAGCAUCCGGGAAAUACCUUCAUUGAUCGCCGGGUCAAGAAAAGCUUCGAGUUUCCCAUGCAGCAUCGGGCCAGCGAUGUGAUGGCCAUGCCGCACAUUGACUUUGCCAACACCAAGUUCCAAACGGAUGCCGAGGCGCCCAAUCCGCCAGCCUCGCAUCCCGAAUUUUCCACCACAAAGUUCUACAACAGCAAGGAGCUGUACAACGAAAUGCUGCUCCACAAUAAGCGCAAGUUAAUGAAGGCAGCCAAGGCUGAAGGCAGUCCGAUAAAGUCAGCGGAGGAUACAACUCGAGCCAGCAGCUCGAACGUGACGCCAGAAGGGAAAACUUUUGGCCCAACCGCAACUACAACUACAACUACAGCUACGACGGCAGGAAGCACCACAACAACAACUGCUGAGUCAACUAGCGCGGCAGCAACAACAACGAGACUGCCGGCAACAACCACUGGAAAAUAUCAGAAGCAACUUAAGCGUGCCAAAUUAUUGCUCAAGGCCCUGACACCGCCGAAGUCGGAUGACAAGUCGACGGCAUCCCCAGCACCAUCGACCACCAGCUCCAGCAGCAGCCCCACCAGCACCACAAUCACCAGCAGCACCACCACAACGAUGGCCACUCUGCUGGCCAGCGCCAGGACUCGUCCUGCCGCAGCUAAUCCCACUAAGACCGCUUCAAAGCCAAUCGCCAGGCCGCGCAUCCUGAGUCGCCUGCAGGAGAAAAUCAAUUCGCUCGAGUGCGAGAUUUCCAAUGUGCCGCAGGACUCGCAUCUGUGGCGCGGCAACGAGACCCACGAGCUGCUGCUGCCCAUUGUGACCACGGAGCACUGCCAGCCGGACGAGCACUGCGUUCCGAAUGUCCUGACUUGGCGAGGAGAGGCGGAGAUCCAGUCCGGCGACAUUUUGAUUGUGGAAAUCAAUGAUGCCAUGUUGAAUCCAUCGCACGAGCCCAACAACACGAGCAGCGCCGUUCACGCCACACAGGUGUACCAGGUAACUCGUUCCGGCCACGAACACUGCGAUGUGACCGAGGGCGUCCUGCUGGAUAUCACGCCGCUGGUGGUCGACGGCAGGAAGCUGGUUACCCUGUACGACAAGGACCUCACCGAGGGAGUUAACCUGCUAAUUGUGGUGUCCGAGUUGUGGGGCGCGCAGUGUGUGCGCCUGAAGGUGACCACCAAAACCGACAAUUGCGGCGAGAACGCCGAUUGUUCCGGCAAGGGAGUGUGCUACUCGAACGCCGGAAUGGAGGAGUACGAGUGCCAGUGCUGCAGCGGAUUCGCAGGACCGCACUGCGAGGAGAUAGACGCCUGCAAUCCGAGUCCUUGCACCAACAACGGCAUCUGCGUGGACCUCUCGCAGGGCCACGAGGGCAACUCGUACCAGUGCCUGUGCCCGUACGGAUACGCGGGCAAGAACUGUCAAUACGAGUCGGAUCCCUGCAAUCCCGCCGAGUGCAUGAAUGGCGGCAGCUGUGUGGGCAACUCGACGCACUUUCGCUGCGACUGUGCUCCCGGGUUCACAGGACCUCUUUGCCAGCACAGCCUGAAUGAGUGCGAGUCCUCGCCGUGUGUUCACGGCAUCUGCGUCGACCAGGAGGACGGGUUCCGCUGCUUCUGCCAGCCAGGAUUCGCCGGCGAACUGUGCAACUUCGAGUAUAAUGAAUGCGAAUCGAAUCCGUGUCAGAAUGGCGGCGAGUGCAUCGAUCACAUUGGCAGCUACGAGUGCCGCUGCACGAAGGGAUUCAGCGGCAACCGCUGCCAAAUUAAGGUUGAUUUCUGCGCCAACAAGCCCUGCCCCGAAGGACAUCGCUGUAUUGAUCAUGGAAAUGAUUUCAGCUGCGAAUGCCCAGGAGGUCGCAACGGACCGGAUUGUAAUCAAAUGCCACGAACGUACUUCCAGCAAUGCAACGUGAAUCCGUGCACCCAUGGCGGCACUUGUUGGUCCAGCGGCGAUAGCUUCUACUGCGCCUGUCGUCCCGGCUACACAGGAACCAUGUGCGAAGAUGAGUUCGUGGUGGAGACGGUCGUUAGUUCCAGCGAAUUUAUUGUGGACGAUGCGAACGCCAGAAAUUUUAAUGACAAAACUUUCGGUUCAUCGGUUGUGCUUAAGAGUCCCAUUGAAUUGCAUAAUGCAUAUUUUGCGGCCGGAGUCCUGGCAGCCGCCAUUUUCAUCGUUGCCGUUGUGGUCACCAUUUGUCACUGCAAGGUCAAUCAGACGUAUCGGAAAUUCUCAACACGUUCCACCUCGUUUAUACCCAUUCUGGGCUUCAGUCGCCGCCCGAAAGUGCAGGGCAAACUGAACAAACACUGGCUGAGUGGCAAGGGGGCCACCGCGACCAGCAGCACCAAUAAUGUGGCGCCCCCGGGUGGACCGAGGGCCGGCGGAGCAGCAGGGCCGCAGCAGGGAACCCGGCAUCUGCCAGGACAGCCUCAGACGCAGACCACGCUGGGUGGCCAGCUGCAGGAGCGACCUUUUCAACGGCACCUGGCCAUGAAUCUGGAGAACGACAUGUACUACACGGUGGACUUUAGCGAGAACUCACAGCACUCGCCGUUGAUACAGUGAGACUUGGACGGGAACGGCGGAUGGCUGGUCAAAUUCACGCCACGCAAAGAGGAGUGAGUGGGCUGAGAGUAUUGGGUUGGGUUCGGGUGAUUGUGUAAUUAUCUUUGAUGCUACUCGUUGAAUAUUCCAAAUAUUGAACAGUAUUCGAUAAUAAUAAACUAGAGAGGCGUGUGAAUUAAUUUAAUGAUUACGAUUCUGGCUAAUGCAAACACAAAUAUAUAUGUAUGAGUAAUACAUGAAUCUCUGGCAUACAUAGGCUUAGCAAACUUGUUUAUCAAGGUUUAUUUUGGCUAAGCACACACAAGCACACUGACACCGAAAGGAUAAUGUUUGAUUAUAAAAUACCACGUUGGAAGGGAGAUCAUCUAGCAUUAUGUAAAUGUUUAAUAUGCUUGCAUUCAACCUUCUUCUGUUGCCCAGACUGCCUAGACUGCCCAGGCUUAUUUGUCCGAGGAAACAUAAAUUUGUGUUGUUUUCUCAUGUGGAAUCGUAUUAGGGCUGGCCCAAAGGAGCAGACACGGCAGAUACAGCAGACCAUCUCGGCUAAUUGUGGCCAUAAAAUCUUCAUAAAUUUGCUAUGCAAAUGCCCAGGCCCAAAUUAAACUUUAUAGGUGCGCAUUUGCAUAUGGACAUUUCAAAGAGAUUAAAUGAUUUUCCUGGCCAAGGGCGCAAAGAUAUCUUCGUCAUUGUAAUUAGUGUGAGAUGUGCUUGGGAAACUCAAGGCCUUUCCCGAAACAUAAAAGAGAGUCAAACUAGUUAUGUUUACUAGUCCGAAAAUAUGACACUUUAAUGAGAAACAGACAUAGAAUUUGAUAGCUUUUAAUAAAGCAUGGUUUUCACCGCAUUUUCAUUUGCAAAUGUUUGCAAUUAGUUAAAUAAUAAUAAAGCGAAAGCAUAUUCGAUUGUGUUGCGUUUUGGUUGCGAUGAAAUCAAUUUCCCGCGAAUGCGUUGCAAAUACUUGAAUUAUAUCGACUAAUUUCAGGAAAUUCUGUUUAGUUUAGUUUUAAUUAAUUUUGCCCCAGCAAUAAAUUGCGGCAUUUGGAGGGAGGGUGGUUUAAAUUGAAUUCGGUCAAGGCAGAUAUCAUAGAUUAUUGCUGCUGCUGGGCACCGAAUGUUCGACCGCAGUCGAAAGUUGUUAGUGAAAAAUAAUUAGCAUAAAUUAAAAUCGUUGCCACAAAAGUUAAUAUGUUUUUUGUGCAUAAAUAAUAUUUAUUUUGAAAUUAUUUCCAUAAAUGAAUGUGUGGUGUGUGUGUCCAGGUGCUGGCCACAUUUAGCAUAUUGCUGUUGAUAUGUAAACAUUAAUACUGAUCGAAUUGCAAAAGAGGUCGGCACAAAGUGGAGUUCACUGCGUUUUAAAUCAAAUAAAGUGGAAAAAAACAAACCAAACCGUAAGGCAAAUAAGUGAACUAUAUUGAGACUUGAUGCACUCAUUUUGCAUCAAUUAUAGAUUUUCGUGCAAUUUGAUAUGCAGUGAAAAAUGAGAUUGUAAUUAAAAGGCUAUAUUAAGUAAUUAAUAACGAUAAACUGAGGCAAGCCAAACGAAAUACACACAAAUGAAAAACAAAUAACAUAAAAUUAAUGACACGCCUUAGCCUAAGGGAAAAAUCACAGACACAAACACAAGAGAGCAAAGCCAAUGAAAAUAAUGUAAUGAAAUUAAAUGAAAAUAAUAGCGACUUAACCUAUGGCAAAACACUCCGCGUUUUGGGCAAUUACAAUUUAAUUUUUAAGCCAAUCAGCGAAAUAAAGUGAAAAAUCAAACGAUG